AUGGCCACUGCCCCGACCGCCUCGAACACCACACUUCCCUCGCAAAAUGCCAGCAUCCCGCAUGUCGCACCCUCAGCCGCAGCUGAGCUUGGAGAGCUCGGUCUGAGUUCACUACAGAGACUCAAGUCGCGCGAUCCAGAAGAGCUCGAAGUCGUCAGGAUUUUGUACACAAAUGUGCGCAAGAUAGUGGAGCAAGAUGCGUACGAGCUGGAGGCAGCACUUCUGGAAGACGUAGUCGCACUGCUGCACUUGAAAGAGCGGAUUGCGGAGCAGAUUUCCCCCGUGGCACUGGGCACGAGGCGGAAGAUGAGGAGGAAAGGCGUCGUCAGGAGUAGAGAGUACUGGGUGCAUGUCAAGGUAGUCGGACAUAGGAUCGAAGAAAUAGGGAGAAAUUAUGUGCUCAAGGUCGAUGAGAUCAGGAAGAAAGUCACGCGCAUUGCUCAGUCUGUUUGGCGCGUGUUGCAGCAUGAUGCUGUUGAUGCAGUUGUCCGACGCCGAAGUCGACUUUGUCCUCAAGGAAAUGGACGUCCACAACGGACAGCAAGAACUUAG